AUGGUAGCUUCCCCCACGAAAGAGAAGAAGAAGCGUGACCUGAAGGCACAACCAUUGAAGAACGUCUUGACCGACCAAAGACCUCCACCACCACAAUAUCAGCCUUACGAGAGCUAUGGUGAACCAUACAACGCUCCACUAUGGGCACGCGCUCCGGCUUUCGCGAGCCAGCAGUACCUAGCAGACCAGUAUCCUCCCUCGUACGGCCUCCCGCCUGGUUAUGCUACUCCAUGGGCUUCGACAUCGACAAUCAAUUUCGAUCGCCCUCAAACGGCAGGAGCUUGGACAAGCCAGAGUGCAGCCACACCACGAGUAUCAAGACCCAUGACCAGCGGGAACAAUGACUGCUCGGUGGCACGUCGAAUGAACCAAGGCGCAGCAUUAGUCGACCGAGUAGCCGCCCGAGUAAACGACAUGCUCUCGCGGGGCGUACAAGAAGACGUCGACAUAGACGAAGUCGAAGCAUUAGCAAGAGGGCUGGACACAAUAGACGAGGUCGAUCCAGUCUUGACACCAAUACCUUCGAAACCCGGACGACAACGCCCCGAAGUCAAGACAACGGACUCGAGAAGCGGGAUCCUCAACUUCAAGAAGUCAUGGCUUUAUCGCAACUCCCGCCUACCACCCGGCAUGGUCCCAUUCAAAAUGUACACCGACACCUGGCCCGUCGUCUGUCGAGCAGCAAACGCAUCCUUAGAAGUGUACAAGCGACCACGCAAAGGUGCAGCCGAGGGCUACGUAGCGGCAGACCCCCGCUCGGGCACUAAAGCCAUGCUGGUGAAAGACCACGAAGUCGACGAUAGGAAGCUUCUCAUUGUGGCGAUCCGAGGCAGCCAGAAGAAUAUUGUCGAUUGGCAGGUCAAUUUUGGGUUUGAUCCUAAGCUUCCGGUGGGCUUUUUGGACGAUGAAGGGAAUGCUUGUCAUGCUGGGUUUCUCGAAGUCGCACGGGCGAUGAUCGGUCCGGUGGCUGCACAACUGCGAAGCUUCAUUGAGAACGAGCCGUCCUGGGCCGGAUGCUCGUUGCUUUUCACUGGGCAUUCGGCUGGUGGUGCGGUGGCGAGUCUGCUGUAUAUGCAUAUCAUGUCCAAGACUCUGGACUCUGAGCUGACCUCCCUGGCUGGCGUGUUCAGGCGACUACAUUGUGUGACGUUUGGAGCACCGCCAGUCUCGUUGCUUUCAUUGCAACUGCCGAGCAGGCGGCAAGGCAGGAGUAAUCAGUUCUUGGCUUUUGCUAAUGAAGGCGACUUGGUUGUGCGCGCAGACUGGGCUUAUAUCAAGUCACUGUCGAAGCUUCUCGCCUCUCCCGCGCCGAACACGUGUUCUCACAAAGCACUUCGUGAGCAUGUGUCGCGGCAGACUCUGAAGGGGGAUGCGGCCAUAUCCUCGAAGAUCGCGCUGCCACCUCGCUGGCCGGUCCCAGAUGCUUCACUCUCGACGGCUGGACGAUUGGUUCUGCUGCGGGAGAAGCCGACUUCGAGAUCGGGUGCUGUGGAAGCUGUUCAGUUGACGGACGAAGAGCUUCGUUCGGUGGUGUUUGGUGAUCCUGCAAUGCACACCAUGACGCUUUACAAGCAGCGCAUUGAUGCGCUCAUGGUUGCUGCUAUCUCUGGUGAAGCUCCUGGCUGA